UGUAAUAAUCAUGGCUGACUGGGAAGAAAUAAAGCGACUGGCGGCUGAUUUUCAACGCGCUCAGCUAAGUAGCACAGCUCACAAACUCUCAGAAAGAAACUGCAUCGAAAUAGUUCAGAAACUAAUCGGUUUGGGACUGGUUGAGGUUAUUUACACGACAGAUGGCAAGGAAUAUCUCACCCCACAGCAACUUGAACGGGAGAUAAAAGACGAAUUAUUUGUUCACGGCGGGAGAGUUAAUUUGGUGGACUUACAGCAGAUUAUCGGAGUAGAUCUGACCCAUGUUGAGAAUAAGGUCGCCGAAAUUGUCAAACAUGACAAAAAUUUGAUUGUCAUCCAAGGAGAACUUAUUGACAACAACUACUUAGACCAAGUUGCAGAAGAGAUCAAUGACACUUUACAAGAGUCUGGACAAGUUGUUAUCUCAGAGUUAAGCAAGACAUUUACACUCUCCACUGACUUCCUACUUGAGAUUGUUGAGAACAGAUUAGGGACAAUCAUUCAUGGACAACUUGAUCAAUUGGAGAGAGGUGUCCUGUUUACUGAUGCAUUUGUAGCACGGCAGAUGGCUUGCAUCAGAGGAGUCUUUAGUGCUGUCACAAAGCCCACACCUAUAUCAAGUCUUAUGGCUCAGUAUGGAUUUCAAGAAAAGCUACUUUAUAUGGAUAUAGACCAGUUGUGCUCUGACGGCCGUAUAUCAGGAAGUAUACAAGGGAGACAAGACAAGGCUGUAUUUGUUCCAGAUAUCUACUCCAAGACACAGACUUCUUGGAUAGACGACUUCUUCAAUCAGAAUGGAUAUGUAGAGUAUGAUGCAUUGUCACGUCUUGGGAUUACUGAUGGAAGACAAUUUCUAAAGAGAAGAUUCCAUAAGUUACCAGUGAAAUUUCUGCCCACAUGUUGUGUGGGUGAAUCUUUACAAGGCCAGGUGGAGGCUGCUAUUGAUGAAGCUUUGUCUAGUGGUGAAUGGAUUGACAUACUGCCUCUCCUUCCAUCGCCAUUCACUCCAGGGGAUGCUUCUCAGCUGUUACAGGAUUGUCUUAAGGCUGUUGGUAGAUCGUCAGCUCAUGUGUUCUGUGAGAGCAUUGUGGUCAGUGAAAAGUUCCUUCAAGAUUGUAAAGAUCCCUUCCAACAACUGAUGCAAGACAAAGCCAAAGCGGAUGCAAUUAAAGCUCCUGCAUUGUUCUCAGAGCUUACCAGAAAAGACUUGGCUUCUAUGGGUGCCUCCAAAGGAGGUACUGACAGACGGGACAACAAGAAAGAGGAGAGGCGGAAGAAGGCAGCCUCAGGAGGUAGUAAAGGAGGAGGAGGAGGCGGAGGAGGAGGGGGUGGUGGUAGUGGAGGUGGUGGUGGAGGCAGAGGAGGAAGAGAAAGUAAAACUCAAAAGGUACGUGAUAAGAAAAAGGACCGUGCUAGAGAUGAAGAUGUGGAGGAAGACAUCAGACCUAAACAAAGCUCCUCUGAUAUACCCUUCAUGACAGCUGAAGAGAUAUCAGAAGAAUUACAGAAAAGAUUUCCAAGUUGUCCAGAGGAACUCUUUGAAGAAUUAGCUUCUUACCUGUUUAGACCGCUGACCCAAUGUUACCAAGAGGUGGCUCGGUCGGUCUUCCUUUCCACAGGAGACAAAAAACGUAAAAGUCAUUCAGAGGUGCAAGAAAAAGUCAGUGUGCUGUGGGCAAAUGCAAAACUGUUUGACAAAGGAAUCAAAUUAUUUUCUGAUGAUGUACAAGUGCAGUUGUCCCGCCAUCUUCUGCGAACGGUAUGUACAGAUAUAGUAAACCAGGCAGUGGGUCUGUUAGCUGCUGACCACAUGAUCACAAUCAAUGAUGAAUCAACUCUAACUCCUGAGGAUCGUCUGAAAGUAAUUUCAAAAUUUCCUGACAAAGUAAAAGCUGAGGUAGCCAAGUUGAAUUCUUCAUUAAAUGGAAAGGAAACAGAAGAUUUCUUUAACCAGUUUGAUGUAAUUUGUGGGAGUGGCUACUGCGAGUUUAUGUUGAAGAAGUUGGAUAAGAAAAGAGAAAGGCAGUUGACAGUUGAGCAUCGCUGCGCUCUUCAGGAACAGUUACGUCAAGAAAACGAGCCUGCCAUGGCUCUUCACCUAGCAUCAGCGGUGUUAUUCCAACACCACACUCACUGCAUGGUACAUGCACCAGGUCGGUGCGUGCCUCAGAUAAUAAACUUUCUCAAAGAUAAGUUAACAUCCGAAAACUUCGACAAAUUAAACCACUACAUGACACUAGUUAUAAAGCAACUGUCCGGCAACGAAGAUAAUGCAGUGAAGAAUGGUGAUGAACAUGAAAAAGAGGAAGAACAUGAAGAGAGAACGAUAGGAGCUCAACUGGAAGAAGGACUGGAAGACAUCAAGCGAAUAGCACUGGAGUUAAAAAAAGUCAAAGGCGAAUCUUAAGUUAAGAUUAACAAUUUUUUUUUAAGAGCAAACGAAGCGAUUUUGUUGCGUUACAUCUUGCAAUGUCGUAUCACGCUACCAUCUUUAAGUACACGUACAAAGAGCAGUGUAACUAGCCCUCAAUCUUCAUGGUAAAAUUUGAGAUACAUUUAUUUAUUUAUCUACUUAUGAACUAAGCAAAAUUCUAAAACGACAGUUUAAAUGUUAAAUUUACAUAGCAAUUGUACUUAAAAUUAAGGAAAAAGUAGUCAUAUACGCUCGUAUCAUGACAACUUCUCCAAAGAUUGGAAUCGUGCAACGUUCUGAAAAUUUUUGUGGCGUAUUGUUAGUACCUUCUGCCUAUAAGAUCCACAAACAUUUCAAGUUUCAACGUAGUUUUAUGAUUCUGCGUCGAAUUUUGGUCAUUAUCAUACAAAAGAGAUUAAGAGAAUAAAUUGUUACAUUAUCGGAUCCUAGGUUUAGCUAGAAGAAGGUUUAGAAGUCACGUUGUCAACUGCUGUAAAAAAAAGAAGUUACACUGGACCGUU